GUAUGUUGACCCAGUUGAUGGUGAAGAAUUGUUUGAGAAGACGAUCGGAGACAUGUUGCACAGCCUGGAUCCACACAGUAAUUAUAUUUCUGGAAAGGAUCUGUUGGCGAUGAACGAGCAGAUCGAGGGGAAUUUCGGUGGAGUAGGCGUUCGUUUCUUCAUUAUUCGCGAUACGCUUUGUAUCACGAAUGUUUUGCCAAACUCCCCAUCCGAAAGAGUUGGUUUGAAAUCGGGAGAUAAGAUCGUUGAGAUUGACGGAGAGAAAGUCGCAUCGAAGAAGAUCACGAAUGAUAAAGUGAUGUCAAUGUUGAAGGGAUUGGCAGGAACGGAUGUGAAAUUGAAGAUUCUUCGCGACGGGAAAAAGAUUGAUAAGACAGUAACGCGUGGUGGAAUUCCAAUCCAAUCUGUGAUCGCUGCUUAUAUGCUGGAUAAUUCAACAGGUUAUAUCCGAAUUAAUAGUUUUUCGAAGACUACAAGCGCAGAAUUUAGAGAAGCUUCCGGACGUUUGCUUUCUGAAGGAAUGAAAAAGGUAAUUCUUGAUGUUCGAAGUAACGGUGGAGGAGUUCUAACCGGAGCAACGGAGAUCGCUGAUGAAUUUCUGGAGAGUGGAUUGACGAUCGUGGAAACGCGUGGAGAGCACAUGACAGAUUACAAAUACCGAAGUACUCCCAAAGGAAACCUGAAAGAUAUUGAGGUCGCAGUAUUGAUCAAUGAAAGUUCAGCUUCAGCUUCGGAAAUUUUAGCGGGAGCAAUUCAGGAUAACGAUCGCGGAGUGAUCAUCGGACGACGUUCUUUUGGAAAAGGGUUGGUUCAGGAAGAUUUGCCAUUGAGAGACGGAAGUAACGUUCGUUUGACAAUCGCGAGAUAUUACACUCCAACAGGACGAUGUAUUCAGAAACCAUACUCAGACGAUUUCGAAGAUUACUACAAAGACCACAUGGAUCGCUACGAUAAUG